UAUAUGACAGGUGUUACUUGUUUAGCUAGCAGCUAGGCUUCAAUAAAGAAUUUUCUUGUACGUCAAACAUUAAUUAGUGCUUAUUUUAUAUAGUCGUUUUAACAAAGUCGAAAAUAUAUUUUGCAUAAAUAUUAUAUCAAUAAUUCAAGUUGUAGAAUUACUUUAUCGUUAUCAGUGUCACGACAGUGUCAUUGAGAAAUUAGAAAAUAAGUAUUAUAGGUUAGCAAUAAAUUAUUGUAUGUAUUACAUAUAAUGUAAUAAAUACAUAGUAUUAUAAAAAAAAGAGAGAAAGUGUGUGCGUGAGUGUGAAAAACUAUUGGGACGAAAAAAUGCCGGCAAUGUUAGUUGGACCACCUCAACGCAACGAGCAGAUGUGGCAGGCAUUAAAAAUUCAUAUUAUGAGAGAACGACAACGAAAGAAGCAAGAACAAGAAGCUGAUGCAGAGGAAGAGCGUUUACGUAAGGAAAGAGAGCGACAACAGAAGCAAGAUGUGAUGACAUUAGGUGAAACGCGGGAACAAAUCUCUACCUUGGAGAAUGAGUUAGCUCAAUUGAAAGAUGAGAAACAUCAGUUGUUUUUACAGUUGAAGAAAGUUUUAAAUGAGGAUGACAGAAGACGACAACUUAUAAAAGAAACCAGUGUUUCUUCCGAAGUUUUGACAACAGUAGGAGGAUAUCCAGCAUCAGGUCCAAGAGUGGUACAUCCUCAAUUGUUUUUGCCAAUAGCACGAAGCAGCAGUCCUCUUUACAAAGUUGCAGUUGGUGCUCCAACGCAUUUGUUACAGAGCAGUACUUUAAAAAGAACCCACAGUCCAUCACCACCACCUACUCAAUCUCCAUAUCAUAGUGUAUAUGGAUAUAAACCACCACCAUCCAUUCCAAAUUACAAUCCCCAGCCUUCUAAAUCUGAAGAAGCUAGACGAUCCAAUGAUUCUCGAGCAGUUCUUUGGAACAAAAAUCAAUAUUCUACAUCGAAUUUCUAUUCGACACCCACAGGACAGAGUGUUUAUAGUUAUUCUACACCUGCGUCACAACCGUCCCGAGAAUCCUCGGAAUCGGCUAAACCCAUUUAUCUUUCGGGAGGUAGAGCACCAUUAGCUACACAUCAGACUGCAUAUGUAACUAAUUUACAUUCAAUGGAGCAUAAAGGCGCUUAUGGUGAAGAUAAGUUUUACCUGCGACCGACAAAUCACGUUACUGUUCAUGGUGGAGCUAUCCCGAUUCAGCAACCACCUCAGGGCGCAAAAACGGGCGGCAUUACUUCGGGUUAUCCUGUACGAGCACCUCAACCACCUCCUGGUCCAUACCCGCCGCCACCUCCACCAUCUCCUGGUACUUAUGUCAGCGGCGCGGUCGCUAACGUACCUGGUAGGCUAUUAUAUACGCAACCUGGAGCACGCUAUCUUCAACGAGAAAUAUAAUAAGCGUAUCAAGAAAUCUAUGAAAGAAAUUUAAGAAUUGGAUAAAACAAUGGAAUCACUAAUGUAAGUAGAUUUUAAAUUGUGUGGAAUGGCUAUCAAUCACUAACAUAAGUAGAUUUUAAAAUAUGUGCAUUGAUUAUCAUUGUCGCUAUCUCGAUGUGUCACCACAAGCAAAUCUGGAAAUGAUUUUGUAAUAAGUAAAUGAAUGAAUUUCAAAAUUUUUAUUUGGUACUAAAAAUUCAUUGUAAGAGACCUCUCAUACUAUAGAAUAGUUUUAGCUGUUUCUCAUGCAGGGUAUAAAAUAUUGCAAUCUAUGAUAAAUUGAUCAAAGAAAAAUUAGACAACUGAUUGUUUUCUAGAAGUCUGUAGUUGUAAUUGCCUUGAUAUAUUUUUAUGCUUAAAAAAUGCUAAAGUAAAAAAAAAUUCGUGCACUCUUAUUUUUAUUUAAAGGUGGAGGGGGGAGGGGGAGGAGAGAGAGAAUGUAUGGAUAUCUCUUUGAAUAUUUGUGUAUAAAAUUAUAUAAUUUGACCAUGAAAAAAUGUAUGAAUAUAAAGCUAUAUUAUACGAGACGUAAUACAAUAUGAAAAUACAAUAUAAAAAAUU